GCGAUCCCUGCCGGGGCCCCCGGGAUCGGCCGGGGCAGCCUGGCCCUGCGGCAACACUGUUGCAAAUCCGUGUUCCGCUUCCGCUAAGUGAAUGGGGCGGGGGAGGAGUGAUGCAUGCAGGGGGAGACCCUCCCCAUUGCUGCCCCCCACUCUCAAACAUGGAGGAGGGGGAGCUCUGCUAGUGGAUUUCUCACCCCCCCCAGCCUAACUCGCUUAGCAUUUAAAUCUCCCCUUCCCUCCACUUUCUCCGGCGGUCGGAGCAGCUGCUCGGAGCCCAUGCCCCAUAGAGAUACUGCAGCCUGUCUGCCAGGCACCCUGCCCUGGGGUGCUGUGUGGCAGUGGGUUCCCCUCUAAUAUUACAGCGUGUGGGGGGUGACCUUGCGGAUGGAGCACUCCCGUUGGGCGUGCGGGGUGAGUUGUGCAGGAACCCUUGAAGGAAUGGGACCGGAGCCUACCAGAUCCUGACAGCUGCCUCAUGCUGCUCCCCUCACCCAUUCUCCUCGCCCUGUGAUAAUGGAUGAGUGGAAACCCAACGCUCCAGCCAAGCAGUUUGUCCCGCGGAAAAACCGGAGCUGGUACCUCUCCUGGAAGUACAAGCUGAUGAAUCAGAGAGCUGUCAGGCGGCUAUGCCAGAUGGGUGCCGUCCUCUUUCUGCUUGUAACUGUGAUUGUGAAUAUUAAGCUGAUCUUGGACACUAGAAGAGCUGCCAGCGAAGAGGAGGAGGAGUCUGUGCAAGACUAUGAUGAAGGUGUGCAGCAUCUGGACACCCCGCGCCGCCCCACCAGCAGCAGGAAGGUCUUGGACAUCGAGGUGUACUCCAGCCGGUCGAAGGUCUACGUGGCUGUGGACGGGACGACAGUCUUGGAAGAUGAUGCUCGGGAGCAGGGAAGAGGGAUCCACAUCAUUGUGUUAAAUCAGGCUACGGGUCACGUGAUGGCCAAGAGAGUAUUUGACACCUACUCACCCCAUGAAGAUGAAGCCAUGGUCCUCUUCCUCAACAUGGUCGCUCGUGGUCGCAUCCUGAUCUUCUCCAUUAAGGAUGAAGGCUCCUUCCACCUUAAAGACUCGGCAAAGAGCCUCCUGAAGAGCUUGGGAAGCCAGGUCGUCUCGUCCCUCAGUUGGAGGGACAUGUGGAGCUUUGUGGGGAAGAAAGGAGGCGAGGUGUACGGCGAGAAGCAUUCCAAGUCCCCGGCGCUCUCCACGUGGGGGGACCCCGUCUUGCUGAAAACCGAAGUCCAGCUGACCUCUGUGGAAGAUGCCGAGUGCCACUGGCCUGACAUGGAACUGAACCGCCGGCGGCGGAGGUUCUGCACCAAGGUGGAAGGUUACGGCAGUGUUUGCAGCUGCAAAGACCCCACGCCUAUCGAGUUCAACCCUGAUCCCCUCAAGGACAAUAAAGUCUUGAAUGUGCCUGUGGCUGUCAUUGCAGGGAACAGACCCAACUACCUGUACAGGAUGCUGCGGUCCCUGCUGUCGUCUCAAGGGGUCAACCCCCAGAUGAUCACAGUCUUUAUUGAUGGGUAUUACGAGGAGCCAAUGGACGUGGUGGAGUUGUUUGGCCUGAAAGGGAUCCAGCACACGCCCAUCAGCAUUAAAAAUGCCCGAGUGUCCCAGCACUACAAAGCCAGUCUGACAGCAACCUUCAACCUGCACCCGGAUGCCAAGUUCGCUGUGGUGCUGGAAGAAGAUUUGGACAUCUCCAUCGACUUCUUCAGCUUCCUGAGCCAGUCGAUCUAUUUACUGGAGGAGGACGACAGCCUGUACUGCAUCUCGGCUUGGAAUGAUCAGGGCUACGAGCACACGGCCGAGGACCCCUCGCUCCUGUACCGCGUCGAGACCAUGCCUGGCCUCGGCUGGGUGCUGAGCAAAAGCCUCUACAAGGACGAACUGGAGCCGAAAUGGCCAACCCCUGAGAAGCUGUGGGACUGGGACAUGUGGAUGCGGAUGCCGGAGCAGCGGAAAGGCCGGGAAUGCAUCAUCCCAGACGUCUCGCGCUCGUACCACUUCGGCAUCGUGGGGCUCAACAUGAAUGGGUACUUCCACGAAGCCUAUUUCAAGAAGCACAAAUUCAACACUGUCCCGAACGUGCAGCUCAGAAACGUGGAGAGCCUAAAGAAAGACGCCUACGAGAUUGAAAUUCACCGGCUCCUGGGUGAGGCCACGGUUCUGGAUCACAGCAAGAACCCAUGCGAGGACUCCUUCCUGCCCGACACUGAGGGCAAGACCUACGUGAUGUACAUCCGGAUGGAGCAGGAAGCCGACUUCACCACCUGGACUCAACUUGCCAAGUGCCUCCACGUCUGGGACCUGGACGUCCGCGGGAACCACAAAGGCUUGUGGCGUCUCUUUCGUAAGAAGAACCACGUCCUGGUGGUGGGCGUGCCCGCCUCCCCCUACUCGUCGAAGAAGCCCUCCACCGUGACCCCGAUCUACAUGGAGCCCCCUGCCAAGGAGGAGGUGGCCGGGCAGGUGGCAGCAGCAGAGCAGACGUGAGCCGGAGAGGUCUCCACGGCACCACCGCACAGAGAGGAGAGGGGGCAGCACUUGGGAGAGGCUGGGUACUUCCAGUGGGGGUGGGAUAGGGACUCAGCUACGCCCUAGGAUGGGCAUGUGCUCCCCGGAUGGAAAACUGGCUGCCGUCGCUCUGGGACACCGCAGCACUGCCCUGUAGGAUGUGACACCCGCCCACCCGCGUGGGCUCUUUUUAACACUGACUCUUUACUAACUUUGCUGCUCUCCUUAGGUGGAGGCAUUUUAAAUGCACUGGCUCCUUUAAGGCCCUCUCUGGGUGGCAGGGGAAUUUUGUAGCCCAGGAAGUGCUGAUGCCCUCGGGCUGGAUUUUAUUUAUUAACUCUUGUGUGGCUGGCUCGCCCUGUGCCGGGCUCUGCCCUGGGCCAGCGGUACCCUGGGAGUCUGAGCCAAGCUGGGUGAAACGCCCUGUCCUCUGCCUGGUUUGUGGGGCGGAGAAGGGACAUGGUACGGCCCAGCUCUAGAGAGGUUUGAGGAUGGCACUGGUGAAAGGGCUGGAGCCUUGGGCCCAGCUCACGGCAUCUGGAGGAACAAGGAUCGGGGGGGAAAUGUGGCCUGUCUCUUUUAAAUGGAAUUCUUCACCCCCCACCACCACACCACAUGGAUCAGUGGAUGGUGCCACAUGGGAGACCGGGGUUCAAGGUGUCCCUGCCCGGCCACCAAUGUCUCAACACUUGCUCAUAUGUGGCAGCCAGUGAGCAGCACGGAUUAGCCUCCUGCUGGCCAUGGUGCUGGAGCAGAGAGAUGGGAGCCAGCUGGAGGGAGGGGUAGGAGGGGGAGAAGAGCCUUGCAGAGCGGGCGCUGACCUGGUGUGUGGAGAACAGCCCCUGCCCGUGCAUGGCCCCAUCGGUUGCUGCCCAAAGCGUAAAGGGCAGACAGCAGCAAGGGGGCUGGGAGCCCAAAGACUCCACCACAGAGAGCAGCUGCAGCAGGCCCCCGUGUCUGCGGCAGGCUCCUGUGUGCUGAAGGGGGCCACGUCCUGCUGUGAUCACUUCUGGUUCCCGGUGGUACUCGCCCACCCUGCCAGGUCCCCCAGGCCUCCUGCGCUUAGCAGGGUUGAGCUGGCUCUGAGCAGCAGCCACGGGACGCUGCUCGCAGGGAGGCCGGGAUCUGUGCUCAAGGUGGGAGCGGCUGUCCCCUACGGCCCUGAGCCCUGUCAUCCUGAUUGAAGGUACGGAAAUUCAGGGACAAGGAGGGUUUGGGGUUCCCCUCCCCACUGCCUGUGCCUUAGCUGAGGUCCCACAGGGCAGGGUGGAAUGAGUGAUCCCAGCCUGUAGAUUCCCCGAGCUGUAGCCAGCGGGAACUGGGAGUGGCCCAGCAAGCGAUGCUCCCUGGUGCUAGUUUGAUCUGAGCCCUGUAGAUCCCUGUCCUGUGGUUGAUGCCUAUAUAGCGAUGUUUGUUUUUUUUUCUUCCCUUCCUGCCAAUCAGAUUUGCAGGAGCGGCUCUCCAAGCUGGGUAAAUUGUGAGCUCUUGCUCUGCUCCUCCGUGUGGAGGAGUUGGGAAAGGCCCCACCCUGGGAGCUCUCUUUGAAUUGGUUUGAGCUCUGGUUCCACGUUGGGGACAGGCAGGGCCAUGCUUGGAUCAGGCACCCCCCAGCCUCUGCUCGCUAUGGGAUCGUACCCUCAGCACUUCCAGUUCCCUGGGCUGGAUUCCAGCCCUAUAGCUAACGAGUGCAUUUAUUGACGGCGGCCUUGGAGGCAGAGGGCUGUGAGCAGAGCGCCAAUGCACUAUAAUUUGGGAUGAGGGGAGCUGGGGACUCAAGAAUGAGAGCUGUAGGAUACUGGUUUGUUGCAGCCCAGGCAUGCAGGGAUAAGGGCCAAGACCAAGUACCUAACUUCCAUUGGUUUCAAUGGGAGUUAGGCACCUAAAUAAUCUUGAGGUCUGGCCCAGAGUCCGUGCCAACUGUUUGGCCCAUGCUAUGCAAGUUGGCAGCUAGCGGAUCUGGCAUUUGCAUUGCUCGCAACUGGCCGUCUUGGCUGCAAGGUCAAGGGUCGAAUGGGGCAAGCCCGUGCUGCUGCUGCCUGUGCUGUUUGUGGAAGAUUCUGCUCUCUUCGCCGGCCUGCUGUUUGCCACGCAUCCCCCUCUCCACUGCUGUGGUUCCCAGGUACGUUGAGACGGUCCCUGGCUGAGUGGCUGGGGCCGUCCGCAUUUUGUGGCACCGGGGAAGGGGGAAGAGCGUCAAAGGGGCCUGAUUUUAAAGGCACGUGUGGUGAAAACAAGUGAUCAUUAGGAGCAGCUGGCUGUACUGAGGAUCGAAACCCACCCCGGAUGAGCCUCCAAUCCCCCAGGCAGUCUCCUGCGCAGAACACUAUAUUAACUUAUUUAUUUAUUCGACCGUAGGGAUGAGGUUUUGAAACAGGAAGGCGCCUGCGGUCCGCCUUUGGGAUUGCUGUGAGCGAGGGGUUUCCCACUAAGCAAAUGUUGGGGCGUCACAUUGUUCCAGUCGGUUCUCCCUCAGCCCGUUGACUUUGGCCGGGUUAUGAUGGCUUGUGGUGCUUCUCUUUUCACCCUCAAAAUAUACAGCAGUACCUCACUGGGUUAAAUGCAGAAGCCCAAGCACAGGUGAUGGGGGAUUUUUGCAAACUCUUAAGGAAAUGCGCACACACACAGUUGACCCAGCGUAUGUACCGCAGUGCUAACUGCUCCUUUUGCUGUGCUGUAGCGAAUGCUCUGUAGCGUACUUUGCCAAGACCCCAAAGGACCCCAUAGCAACAUGAGAUCACGUGACAGCGCUGUCUCUGCCGCUGGGUCUCCGAGAAGUAGUGGGGGCUGCUGCGGCUCUCCUGUCAUGGUGGUGUACGGUGACCGUUCUGAACCCCGGAGUGAUGCUUGAAGGCUGGGUGUGUCCUCUUUUCUCCUCUCUAAGAACCCCAUUUCCCCCCCCCCUUGCCUUUUGCAGGCAAACUUUUAAGCGCACGCACGCACACACACACACGUGUUUUACAAUCACGUGCGAGUUUUGGCCCUGAACUGCUAAUUCCACUCUUGUUUUGUACUUGGUUUAAACCUGUGGAGCAGAGGAGCUGGAAGAAGGCAACCUAAGGUGGUUCUUUGUACACUGAAAUAAUGUGAUUUCAUUGCUGGUGUCUCCUUGUGUGUUUUUUCUUACUACCUGAUAUCAUCCAGCAAAGGCCACAGCCGGGGGAAUCCUCUAAUCCAUCUUUCUCUAGCAGGCUCGGCUCUGCUCUAACCAAUGGCAUUGCAAUUCACAGAGUGGGAUGGAAGGGCCCCGUUGACUUCACUUGAAUGUGUCUCUCCUGCCCCAUUGAAGCCAAUGUACUGUUGCCGUCAGUUGUAACAGGAUUUGACUCUGGAAAGGGGUCGCAAUGUGUCUGGCUCUGCAGCGCUUCAAUAGGGCAAACUUUUCUUACCGUCCUUCCUUGAAAACUAUCAGCUUUGUGCUGUCAGCCUCUUUUUUUUUUUGCCUCUCUCCUCUGACUGCCCCAGUCCAUCUGGCUUGGUCUGAGGGGCUGACUGACCCUGGUUUGCCCAGCCCCUGGGUGCUGCGUGCAAUGGGGUGGCGGGACAGGGGCUGUGUGAGGGACGGGCUGGCCAGCCCUGGUUUGCCCAGCCCAGGGUCCUGAGUGCGAUGGAAGGGUGGGACAGGGGCUGUGUGAGGAAUUGGCACUUUCUGAAUCUGAUUAUCUUUUUUUCCAAAUAAAUAUUGCAGUCCUGUUUA